ACCAGAGUAUUUCCACAGCACGAGAGAGAGAGAGUGAAAUACACCAGAGUCAAACCGCAGAGAGAGACGCACAUAUGAGCACAAGCGGAGCAGUUUUUCAAUGAAUGACCCAUCAUCAUCAUCAUCAUCAGCAGCAGCAGCAGCAGCAGCAGCAUGCGCUUCUCAGCCACGCCUGCCCUGAACAACACCGCAAACUAGGAUACAAGGUCCCCUGGUGGGCUGGUUCCUCUCCGUCUUGCUUCACCUCCUUUAUUUCUUCUCCUCCUCUGAACUCUGAAGCCCUUUGAGGAGCCAGGUCAUGGCACCGUUUUCCUCUCCCAUCCUCCUCCUGUCUCUCAUCCUCUUCCUUUCUCUGCCUCCAUCCUGUUCUCCUGAAUCCCAGUGGGAAGAACCGUCUCUCCAGCCCUCCGUCGCUCCAGAAGCUCCAUCAGAGCUCUACAGUAACCUGACCGAUGACAGCGACGGCGCCGCACCGAAAAAAAAGUGCAACCAACUGGUGGAAUGCAAUCCUGGAAUCCUCUUGCCCGUGUGGAAGCCCAUCAAUCCCAGUCUGGGAGAGCAGAUUGUCCGGGCCGUCGUGUAUUUCGUCUCUCUCAUGUACAUGUUUCUGGGAGUGUCAAUCAUCGCUGAUAGGUUCAUGGCAUCUAUAGAGGUCAUCACGUCACAGGAGAAAGAGGUGACCAUCACAAUGCCAAAUGGAGAAACAUCCGUGGCCACCGUGAGAAUCUGGAACGAAACCGUGUCAAAUUUGACCCUGAUGGCACUGGGAUCAUCCGCCCCUGAAAUCCUCCUGUCAGUCAUUGAGGUGUGUGGUCAUGGGUUUAAAUCCGGUGAGCUGGGUCCGGGCACCAUCGUUGGCAGCGCUGCUUUUAAUAUGUUUGUGAUUAUUGGAAUCUGUGUGUGGGUGAUUCCUGACGGCGAGGUGAGGAAGAUCAAACAUCUGAGAGUCUUCUUCAUCACCGCCUUCUGGAGUAUCUUUGCUUACAUCUGGCUCUACCUGAUCCUGUCCAUCAUCUCACCUGGAGUCGUGGAGGUAUGGGAAGCUCUGGUCACUCUCUGCUAUUUCCCCGUUUGUGUGAUUCUGGCCUGGAUCGCUGACCGGCGCCUCCUUUUCUACAAAUACAUGUCCAAGCGCUACCGUGCCGACAAAAGGACAGGGGUUGUUGUGGAGACCGAGGGGGACAUGACCCCCAAAGGUAUGGAGAUGUUGAUGGAUGGCAAGUUUCCACUGAGGGGCGGAGCCAUAGGGAUCGGGACACAGGAACAUUGCCAGGAUGGAACCGGCAACACAACAGGCACCAUGGCAACUCUACCCAACUCCAACAGCACGACCGUUUACAUGGAUGGUGCCAAGGACCUGGACGAGAGCCGUAAAGAAGUGAUCCGUAUCCUGAAGGACCUGAAGCAGAAAUACCCAGAUAAGGAGUUGGAUCAGCUGGUGGAAUUGGCCAACUACUACGCCCUCCUCCAUCAGCAGAAAAGUCGUGCCUUUUACCGUGUCCAGGCCACGCGCAUGAUGAUUGGGGCCGGUAAUGUGCUGAAGAAACAUGCAGCAGAUCACACUCGCCGUGCUGUUGUGGCAGGCUGCGAUGAGGCUUCAGAGGAGGAUGACCUGGCCGUCUGCAGCCGCAUCUCCUUCGAGAGAGCACACAGUCAGUGCAUGGAGAACUGCGGCACCAUCAUGAUACCCGUGGUGUGUCGAGGAGGCCUGGGAGAGAGCACUUUCUACGUUGACUACUGUACGGAAGAUGGCACAGCCAAUGCCGGCUCAGAUUAUGAGUACUGUGAAGGGACUCUGGUGUUCAAACCAGGAGAAACCAGGAAAGAAAUUAAGGUGGGCAUCAUCGAUGAUGACAUCUUUGAGGAAGAUGAACAUUUCUUUGUGCGUUUGCUGAACCUGCGUGUUGGUGAUGCGGUGGGUAUGUUUGAGAGUGAAGAAGCGGAUCAGGCUCCCAAGGCCCGGCUGGUGGAACCGCUGAUGGCCACGGUCACCAUCCUGGACGAUGACCACGCAGGGAUCUUCACUUUCACAGACCGCCUGGUGCGAGUGAGCGAGAGCGUGGGAACCAUGGAGGUAACGGUGGUCCGGAACUCUGGCGCUCGCGGAACCGUGAUUAUUCCAUACCACACGGAGAAUGGGACGGCCCAAGGGGGAGGGGUCGACUACGAGGACACGCACGGAGAGCUGGAAUUCACCAACGACCAGACAACUCAGACCCUUCAGGUGAGGAUCACUGAUGAUGAAGAGUACGAGAAACAUGAGAAUUUCUUCAUCGUUCUUGAGGAACCGCGCUGGCUGAAGAGAGGAAUCUCAGCCCUGCUGCUGAACCAAGAGGAUCCGGAGGGGCAGUUGAGUACGGAGGAGGAGGAGGCCAGGAAGAUAGCAGAGAUGGGGAAACCUGUUUUGGGGGAGCAUAGCCGGCUGGAGGUGGUGAUCGAGGAGUCAUAUGAAUUUAAGAGCACCGUUGAUAAACUGAUCAAGAAGACUAACCUGGCGCUGGUGAUCGGCACUCACUCCUGGCGAGAGCAGUUCGUGGAGGCCGUGACCGUCAGCGCAGGUGAUGGAGAUGAAGAUGAAGAGGAGGGUCGAGAGGAGCGUCUCCCGUCCUGCUACGAUUACGUCAUGCACUUCCUGACGGUGUUCUGGAAGGUUCUGUUCGCGUUCGUUCCGCCCACAGAGUACUGGAACGGCUGGGCCUGCUUCGUGGUGUCCAUCAUUGUAAUCGGCCUCCUCACUGCCAUCAUCGGAGACCUGGCGUCACACUUCGGUUGCACCGUGGGCCUCCGGGACACCGUCACCGCAGUGGUGUUCGUGGCUCUGGGCACUUCUAUCCCAGACACAUUUGCCAGUAAAGUUGCCGCUACUCAGGAUCAGUAUGCAGACGCCUCUGUGGGAAACGUCACGGGCAGCAACGCAGUCAAUGUGUUUCUGGGCAUCGGCGUGGCCUGGUCCGUGGCGGCCGUGUACUGGGCCGUCCAGGGCAAGCGCUUUUACGUGGAUCCUGGCUCGCUGGCCUUCUCUGUCACCCUCUUCACUAUUUUUGCCUUCAUCUGCAUGGGGGUGCUGCUGUUCCGCCGCCGGCCGUCUAUCGGCGGAGAGCUGGGCGGCCCUCGGGUCCCGCGCCUGCUCACUACGCUCCUCUUUCUGGGUCUGUGGUUCCUCUACAUCCUCUUCUCCAGCCUUGAGGCCUACUGCCAUAUCAAGGGCUUCUGAACGGCCCUGUAAAGGAGAAACGGGGAGCAAACACUUGUUCCGACACACACUUAUAUCUACAAACAGGCUUGAUAAACUACAUACAUCAACAAAAGUUUGCGCACACACUUACAAAACACUUAUGAAUCGCUGAAUGCACUAAUGCAAAUAAUUCAGCUUAGAUGAGACCUAGAAGAGAAUCUGAGGUGAAAGAGAAAAAGAGAUGGAUGAUGCUGGAGAGAGAUGAAAGAUGAGGAGUUUGUAAAAAAAGGAAGCAAAGCAUGUAGCAACAGAGAGGGCAAAGAUGAGCGCGAUGUACUAUAAAGAGGGAGCGAUGCUGUAAAAUAGUCACACUUCUAUCUUGUUGUCUCGCACUGCAGACAUUGUCACGUAAUAGGUCUUUUUAUGGUUCAAGGGCCCAGUAACUCAGAGUUAAGAUAAAAGAUGUCUUCAGAACUCUAGGGACGGUAUUUUAGAUGCUAAUGAAAAUGCACCAGCAGUUGGGCUGCUUAACUGAUCAGCAGUUUCGCUUGCGAUGUGCAUCAUUCUGUACUAAAGCAGUCAUUUAUGAUUGUUGCUUGUACAAUAUGACUACAAUAUGAGUUCUUGAGUAAAAGCAAGACGGUCUGAAAGUUGUGUAACAUAGUCUUCAAGCAUGUAAAAUUACAUUAGAUCCUGCAAUGAAUAUGCACAGCAGGAUAUGAUGUCAUGUUCUAGGGCUUCUUAUUUGUAUAAAUAAUAAUGCAGUCUAGUGUGACUGGACCUAACUUCGAAUAGUUCCAUAUAAACCCAAGCAAGCCAUUUCGCUAACGUUGCCAAUUUUUCACCUGCUUGAUGUCAGAAAUGAGCAAACACAAAGUUAAUAGUAAUGUGAAGGGAAUGCUUAAUAAUGAAAUAUUUGUUUCGCAAAAAUAUUGUCCUCAAUUAUGUCAAAUUAAGACAAUUUAUUAGUGCAGGUGACACACCAAGCAAUCCAAGACUUUCAAUUGUGCCCUGAAAUGACAAAAAUAUAUUGCAUAAAUGUUAUUUAUGGUUAAUAAUUAUACUUAAUGUAAACAUCUGGUUUCAAAAUAAUAUAAAAAAUAAUUAUAUUAUACUCAAAACAUUUAUUCUGAAAAUAUGAAAUAUUGGCUAGUUUAUCAGCUUUGUUGGUACGUAAAUCUACCGCUGAUGUCUAUACAUUCUCAUAAUCUCCCUUUUUCAGACACAAUUGUGCCCUACAAUAAAAAUAAGAAUAAUAAUUUACGAUCACAGCAAAAUAGUCGUGAAAAUAGUCUGGCCUAAAGGGAUAGUUCACCCAAAUGAAAUCUGUCAUCAUUUACUCUUGCUCCAAACCUGUAUGAUAUUUUGAAGUACAGUAUGUUGGUAACCAAACAGUUGUUGGUAGCUAUUGACUUCCAUAGUAUACAAUAGUAUUUGUUUCCAUACUAUGGAAGUCAUAAGCUACCAGCAAAUGUUUGUUUCUCAACAUUCUCCAAAAUAUUUUCUUUUGUGUUCAACAAAAGAAAGUAAUUGAUAAGGUUUGGAACAACUGGAGGGUGAGUAAAUGAUGACAGAAAUACUGUAUCCCUUUAAGACUAGAAGAAUGCAGCAGUAGCUCAUGGACAGAAGAUUAUUUGAAGAUGGAAUAAGAACGUUAUCUAUUAGAAAAGUUUUCAGAGACUCAAUAUUCUGCUAGAUUAACCUUCAUCCUCUGAUUGGGUUUAACAAUUGAGUGUUCACCUGAGUCACACUGAAUCCAGACACUUACAUUUAUUUUCACAUGAAUACCUAUUCUACACCUCAACAAUCCCUCUAAUUCAACAACACAUCUUAUCACAAUGACUGGGAUCUUCUAAAAUGGAACACUGGACAUCAUAAUGAUUUGAAUCUUCAGUUGUUACAUUCAUUCUGAAACGGAACACUGGACAUCAUAAUUAUUUGAAUCUUCAUUUGACACAUUCAUUGUACACUUUCGCUCCCUAGAGACAAUGGAACUCCUCUUUUAAAAGUGUCAAUGUAAAAAUUCCACCGGAAAACACUCGCCGUCAUCUCCAACAGUCAAGCGUCAAGCCACUGGGAUGUACGCAAAACAUAGUAGUGUUCAGAGUAUGCUAGGAAUAAAAGACAUCUCCGUCGAUGCUUGCAGUGACUGAAUGGGUACCAUCAAAGUAACUCUUAAUACAAGUUUAUUAGAAGAGCAAAUUAUUUGGGUGUCAACUUUACUACGGUGCAAAAACUGAAGCGUGUUCACUGUCAUUCGAUGCAUCCAAUGACUUUACAAGUUCUCAUAACGAAACACUAAAGUCAAAAUGUCACUGUACAGUUUCUCUCUCCAUUGUGUUAACCUGUCUGGGGCGUCUUAAUCUAGAACAGUUAAGAGCUGCGCAGUGAUUGGUUAUUUAUAAACUCAUUAACUGGUUAGUCCACUUAUUAUGUGUGGAGCUGAAAGCUGAUUGGUCCCUGACAGAUUCACAAUAAAAUGUUGUUUACUCGUAGAGCACUCAGGAUUGUGUGUAUAUGUACGUUAAGGGGAUUCCAAGCAUUUUUAUGUCGUCAGCUCAUCUGUCCGGUCCGUAGAUGUUUGUGUAAAGCUGUAUGGUGUGUGUACUGUGUUCUCCUGCUAUACUUUAGGGCUGGAUUUGUCUGUGGUCUUGUCAAUCGAAAUGCAUGAUGGAGUACAUAUUGGCAGAUCUAUAACGGCAUGCUUUGACUGAAGACAUGCAUGAAUUUGAAGUUUACAGUGUUUGUUACUAAAAGGGACAACAAUGAUGGCUGCCUAUGUCAGAUCUCUUUUAUAAUAUUUUGGUGAGAGAUAAGUACUUAAAAGAAUUGUUCACCAAAAAAUAAAAAUUUUCUAAAAAAAAAAAUGUGCUCACCCUCCGGCCAUCCAAGAUGUAGAUGAAGUUGUUUCUUCAUCAGAUUUGGAGAAAUGUAGCAUUCCAUCACUUGCUCAUCAA